ACGACAGUUGUGUAACAAAACACGGUAAUUAUCCCUACGGCAUUUGUAUCUUUUUAUUUCAAUGAAACAGAAAUAAAACAACAAUCAGAUGUCAAUGUUAAGUAGAUUAUACGAGUAGAUCACGUGAUUAUAUAUCACGUGCGCGUAACGCGCUGGUCAGUUUUACGUCCUGGUUACAGAAGCGACUGGAUUUAAAAGCAAGCAGAUAAUAUGCUGCUAAAUCUGAAUGUUUUGUUAGUAACAUCUCUAACAGUCGUUUCAGCAAUAGAAGAUGUCAACUAUUGGCGGAACAUCGCAAAGGACAACCUUAAUCGCUAUUUGAAUCUCAAACACAACACCGGCAGAGCGAGGAACAUCGUAUUAAUGAUUGGUGAUGGAAUGGGCCUAAGCACAAUCACCGCAGCAAGGACACUCAAAGGUCAAAUGCAAGGAAACAGUGGGGAAGAAACAGAACUAAAUUUCGAAAAAUUCCCCUACACGGCCUUAGCAAAGGUAUACACAACAGACUAUCAGGUCCCCGACUCGGCGGCCACCAUGACAGCUAUUGUGUCGGGAGUGAAGGUAAAAAGUAGGACAUUAGGAGUUGAUAGUGCCGUCAAUUAUGAUGUAUGCCAUGAUCUCACAGACUACAAGCUCCAAAAUAUACUCCAUUGGUCAAAAGAUGCUGGUAAAUCAAAUGGAUUUGUGACAACAGCACGUGUAACGCACGCGACGCCUGCAGCGUUAUACGCCGCGACAUCAAACCGCGACUGGGAAAAUGACCACAAAAUUCCUUUUACACGUGAAGGUUAUUGUACAGAUAUAGCUACACAGCUUGUUCGCAAUGCCAGUCAUAUACAGGUUAUCCUGGGAGGAGGAACGCGCAACUUUAUCCCCAAUACCAUCCCGGACCCUACCACCAAUGAGAUAGAUUAUAGGGAGCAACGACGGGAUGAUCAGAAUCUUUUAAAGGAAUGGAAGGAAGAUAAAAGGAGAAAACAGCUGAGACACCGGGUUGUACAUAACACAGGUCAGCUCAGAGAUGUUCGCCCUGAACAUACCGACUAUUUACUUGGACUGUUUCACAAAAGCCACAUGUCAUAUGAGCAUGAAAGAAACACCAGCGAUGCUGGGGAACCGAGCUUAGCAGAAAUGACUCGUAAAGCCAUUCAAAUUCUGAAUAAGAAUGAAAACGGAUUCUUUCUAAUGGUAGAAGGUGCUAGGAUUGACCAUGGUCAUCACGCAAUACAGGCAAAAAGAGCGCUUACAGAGACCAUAGCGUUUGAAGAGGCCGUGCAAACCGUGCUAGAUAUGACAAAUGAACACGAGACAUUGGUGAUUGUUACAGCUGACCAUUCUCACACAAUGACAAUAGCUGGUUACCCGGAAAGAGGAAAUAACAUAUUAGAUGUCGUUAAAAUUGACAAUGGGUCGGCAUAUCUAGCAGUAGAUGAAUUACCUUAUACAACACUCUCGUAUGCCAAUGGUCCAAAACAUUCCUACUUUAGACGAAAUCUCACAGAUGUUGAUACAACUGAUGUAAAAUUCAAGCAGGACGUUGUCGUAGAUCUACCCUGGGAGACGCAUAGUGGUGAAGAUGUGCCGAUUUACGCACGCGGACCAAUGGCGCAUCUUUUGACCGGUGUUAAAGAGCAGAACGUCAUCGCUUACGUCAUGGCCCAUGCGGCAUGCAUCGGUGAUGUUGGUGUCCCUUGUGAAAGUGGGCGUGAAAAUAAAAAUGAUACAGACACUGAUCAUCAUAAUUUUAAUGGUGCUUUUUCAUAUGUCCCUACGAAUUAUAUAUUUGUUUAUUUUUUACUUUAUUAUCUUUCUAUAUGAAACCAGAUAGACUACAAUUUAGUUGUUUAAUUCCAUAAUUUAACAUAUCAAAAUAAAAAAAAAACCUAAUGCGAA